ACAACUAUUCAACAAAUGAGCAUCUCGCCUGGUAACACAAGCAAGCAUGGCGGCUGGUCCGAUCGCUGAACGUAAUCAAGAUGCCACAAUUUAUGUGGGUGGAUUGGAUGAAAAGGUGACAGAAGCUUUGCUAUGGGAACUGUUUGUUCAAGCAGGUCCUGUAGUAAAUGUUCACAUGCCAAAGGACAGAGUAACGCAAGCACAUCAGGGUUAUGGCUUUGUGGAAUUCAUGGGCGAGGAAGAUGCAGAUUAUGCCAUAAAAAUCAUGAAUAUGAUUAAACUAUAUGGCAAGCCUAUACGCGUGAAUAAGGCAUCUGCACACCAGAAGAACUUGGAUGUGGGCGCCAAUAUAUUCAUUGGUAAUCUCGAUCCAGAGAUUGAUGAGAAAUUACUUUACGACACAUUCAGUGCAUUCGGCGUCAUCCUUCAAACGCCCAAGAUUAUGAGAGAUCCGGACACAGGCAACUCUAAAGGUUACGCAUUCAUCAACUUUGCUAGCUUUGAGGCAUCAGAUGCAGCAAUAGAGGCAAUGAAUGGACAAUACCUAUGUAACCGACCAAUCACGAUCUCGUACGCGUUCAAAAAAGACUCCAAGGGCGAACGUCACGGCUCUGCGGCAGAGCGGUUACUGGCUGCACAGAAUCCCCUCUCGCAGGCGGAUAGGCCACACACACUGUUUGCCGAUGCUCCUCCCCCUCUGCAACAGCAGUCUGCAUUGCCGGCACCUCCACCACCCCCCGGCGGUGGAAUGCCUCCUCUGCCUCCAUCGGGUGGACAGCCCCCUGUGCCCACUAUGCCUCCACCACCUAUGCCACCUAUGGGUGUUCCACCACCAACAAGUAUUGGAGGGUCAUCCGGCCCACCAGCAAUGCCUCCACCACAUUAUCCACCCCCUGGUGGUUGGGGUCAACAACAGCAACAAGGUGGCGCUCCAUACAUGCCCCGACCUCCGAUGGGAGGUUACUCUCAGUCUCAAAACGUAGGUGGCGGCACUCAGCAGCCGGUACAGUCAUCAAUGGGAACCCCACAGCAGGGCAGCUACCAGGGUGGAUGGAAUGCACCGUAUGGGGGAUAUGGUGGCCCGCCACACCCCGGAAUGAGACCGCCACCUGGAUGGAGAGGACCGCCUCCAAGAGGCCCACCACCCCCUGGCUACGGAGGACCAGCUCGGACACCUCCACGAGGCAUGCCCCCACGAUUAAUGAGACCACCUAUGUUAAGAGGAGGCAUGAGGAUGCCUCCCCCACCCCCAGGGCCACCUAGGAGCUUUCCACAAGCAUACAGUCCACAGGAGCAUGGAUGAUGACUACGCAACAACGUGUAUGCCUGUAUGUGUAAAUAAUAUAUGCUCAGCUUUAUAUAGUAGUAUCGCAGGUAUGUGUAUUGCCGUGUUAUUGUGAGGUACGGAGUGAAGCGACUUCUAACGACCAAAUGAAUUAUGAAUGAUUACAUCGAUACAUUAAGUUACAUGGCGAGCAAUCAGCCGUCAGAUUGUGUUUUUAGCUCAUCUGACAUAGUCAGAUGCAGCUUGUAGAAUCGCAUGAGCGUGCGUCCGUGCGUCAACAGU